AUGUCAAAAUCUACAAAAUCCACUCCAAUCAAGGACGAAGCUACUCGAUCUCAAUCUACAAUGGGUAUGGAUUCCCUUGUCGUCAACGCCAUUCCUAUUUCAAGUAUACCACCUAUAAGUCCUGCGAAGAAGGUGAAGAAAACUUCGAAGAAGGAGAAGACACCACAAGUAGGCCUCAACUCUUCAUCUCCCUCUGCUUCGAUUAAGAAAACGAAGAAGAAAAGCAAGAAAUCAAAAACUGAAUUGAGGAGGAGUUUUACAAUGUCUGAACUACAUGUUGAUCCACUUCCAUCGAGUGGUGUUGCUACUCCUAUCAUUAAUCCUGCAGAAGAAAAUGUCGACGCAUCUGGUAAGAAUCCUCUUAAUCUAGGCCUUGAUGUUUCCAAUUCUGUUGAAACCCUAGAUGUAGAGAACCCUGCUGUGUCUGAAAAUUUGGGGAAAAGUGUUCCAAACCCCCCUAUUGCUGUUGAUGCUACUAUUGGUGCUUCCACUGAGACCAAUGAUGAUUGUGCUGCUGAGUCUCUCAAGAAAACAGGUCCUGAGACUCAUGUUGCGUCAAGUGUUGUGACACCUGACGCUGAGCCAAAUGUUGUGCCAGAUCCUGUGAGUAAGGUGGUUCCUAGAACUGAGGAGAAGGGAAAAGCUAAGAAAAGGAAAGCUCCACCAACUAGUGACUCUGAGUUUGAGCCAGAGACAGAUAAUGGGUCUGCUAGAUGGAAGUUUGUGUAUCACAGGAGGUUGGCUCUAGAAAGGAAUCUGAAAGAAGAUAUCCUUCAAUGCCAAAGUGUUGUUGAAGCUAUUGAAUAUGCAGCAAUUCCUGAAUAUAGGCAAGUUUUUGUUCGUGGGAAGUGUGUCAAAUUCUCACCAACUGUGAUUAAUCAAUAUCUGCAAAGACAUACUGAAGAGGUGGCUGAUCUGAAGGUUACAGACAAUGAGGUCUACAAGGUUAUCACAGGUGGCAGGGUGAAGAUCUGGCCUACUAAGGCUAAGUUGGCUGCAACCUCUCUCUCUCCCUUAUAUGCCAUUUUAAAUAGGGUUGCUGCACACAAUUGGGUGCCUACAACCCACUCAGGUGAUGUGGCCAGAGGUUUAGGCAAAUUCAUUUAUGCUGUGGGUACUAAGGCAAAAUUUGAUUAUGGGUCCUAUUUCUUUCAUGAAACAUUAAGCCAUGCUAUGACCUAUGCUGUUGAAAAGCCAGUAGCCUUUCCCACUUUGCUGUGUAAUGUCAUCCUUGAGCAGCAUCUAGAUAUUCUGAGGAGCACUGAUGUUCCUUGUACAAGAAAGGGAGGGCUGACCAUUGAGCAAAGGCUGCUUGAAGGGACAAAUGUUGCAGCAAGUGUUGGCUCAUCUGUCCAGGCUGGGGUACUCUCUAGGAAGCAGAUGAUUGCUGACUUGACUGAGGCUAGCAGAGCACUUGAGGCCAGAAAAUUGAAGAUAGAUCGUGUGAUUGAGGCCCUCAAGGCUGAGGAAGCUGCUGAGAUUACUGAGGGUGAGCCUGAUAGACAAGAAGGUAUUGAAACUAGUGGCUCUGAGGAUGGUACUGAAGAUAUGAUGGAGGACUCUGAUGAAAUCAGGAGGGGUGGUGUUUACAGUCGUCACGAACUCGUCUUCCCUGACGGGUUCGGAUAUGAUUUGCUCCUCACACUAGGAGUCUGA